AGACAGUGGCUGCGGGAACCUGUUUACUGUCCGGUUAAUAAGUGAGCUGUAAGCAGGCGGGAGUUCCUCCGACGGCAGGGAGCGGGCUCGCUGGCGGGCGGGGGGAGCAUUCCUGCUCUGCAGGGCCCCAGGGCACCCCUCUCCCGCCGCCCCCCGCCCGCAGGUGCAAGGGGCUGGCACUCGGAAACUGGAAAGCGCUGGUUGGAGUUUGCACUUUAAGCUCCCGGCUGGGAGGGAGCCGGGGGUUCGGAGCCGUUCUGGGCGCCCAUCGCCGCGGGAGGAUGGCACGGUGGCUGCGGUCCCUCGUGGGAGCCCUGCUCCUGCUCGAGGUGGCGGCUGCCCUCAGCUUCCUCCACCAUCGCUACGAGGAGAUGGUGCAGGACCUAUUCCGCGUGCAGAGCCAGUGCCCCUACAUCACUCGCAUCUACAGCAUCGGCCGCAGCGUCGAGGGCCGACACCUCUACGUGCUGGAGUUCAGCGACUACCCGGGCAUCCAUGAGCCCCUGGAGCCAGAGUUCAAGUAUGUUGGGAACAUGCAUGGGAAUGAGGUGCUGGGCCGUGAGCUGCUGCUGCAGCUCUCCGAGUUCCUUUGUGAGGAGUACCGCCGGGGCAACGAGCGGAUCACCAGCCUCAUCCACAGCACCCGCAUCCACAUCAUGCCCUCCAUGAACCCCGACGGGUACGAAGUGGCUGCCAAGCAGGGCCCAGACAGCAAUGGUUACUUGACAGGAAGGAACAAUGCCAAUGGAGUGGACUUGAACCGCAACUUCCCUGACCUUAACACGUUCAUGUACUACAAUGGGGAAAUCAGUGGACCAAAUCACCACAUUCCACUGCCUGACAAUUGGAAAAGCCAGGUGGAGCCAGAGACACUGGCUGUGAUCCAGUGGAUCAGCAACUACAACUUUGUGCUCUCAGCCAAUCUGCAUGGUGGGGCAGUGGUGGCAAACUACCCCUAUGACAAGUCUCAGGACCAGCGGUUCCGGAGCCACCGGCGCACAGUCAACACACCUACCCCUGAUGACAAGUUGUUUCAGAAGCUGGCCAAGACCUACUCAUACGCCCACAGCUGGAUGCACCGUGGCUGGAACUGUGGGGACUACUUUGCUGAUGGCAUCACGAAUGGGGCAUCCUGGUACUCACUCAGCAAAGGUAUGCAGGACUUCAAUUACCUCUACACCAACUGCUUUGAAAUCACCUUGGAGCUCAGCUGCAAUAAGUUUCCACCUGAGGAGGACCUGGAGCGGCAGUGGAUGGCCAACCGAGAGGCCCUUGUUGCUUUCAUUGAAGAGGUUCACCAGGGCAUUAAAGGGAUGGUGUCAGAUGAGAACAACAAUGGCAUUGCAGGAGCAGUGAUUUCUGUCCAGGGAAUCAGCCAUGACGUCACCUCUGGUGAUAUGGGGGAUUAUUUCCGGCUGCUGCUGCCUGGCACUUACACUGUCACAGCUUCUGCAGAAGGGUACCAGCCUCAGACAGUGACAACAACAGUGGGCCCAGCUGCAGCUUCAUUGGUGCAUUUCCAGCUCAAACAAAAUGUGGUGAAGAAGCCCCUAGAGCGCAAAGCCUCAGGCACACGUGCGAACAAAGCCCUUCAAAAGAAGGUAGUGCCAAGAGCAACACGUCGGGGGACCCAAAGAUGAGGACAGCUCACUUGGCUGAGAGCUGGGGGAAGCUGUUUAUACGAGUCUUGGCUGAUGACUCCAGCCAGUGAACUUUCCAACAAUCCAGCAUGAAACUAGCCCAAAUUACUAGGUUAUUAAACAAGGAAGUAUUUAAUCCCUGAGCAAAUUGUGAGGUCAUUCACGACAAAAUAUGCCUGGGCUGCAGUUCUCUGGGCAGUGCCUGUAGCUGCUGAUCUGUUCCUCUGCACUUGCUCCAUCUCAGAGAACUUUGCUCCCUUUACUUGCGGACUGUGUUGCUACAGCUCAUGCGAGAUGCUCAGACACUAGUGCACACCAGACCCUGGUCUUAGACUGCUGCAGUCACAAAUUUGGUAUGUGAAUCCUGGCACUAGUCCUCUGGAUGUGAGUGCCAUGCUUCUCCUUCAGGUAAGGAUGCUUACUGCCUGUAGACCCCGAAGUUAAGGGGAGGUCACUUUUAAAGCAGUCAGUGCCACGACCAGCUGGGAACAGAGUUUGUCUCACAUACGGCACAGUGAUGACAGGUUGGCAACACCACAAAUGUGGCAAUGAGAGGUGGUAGUCCAAGGUCAUCUCCUGGCUGAUGUCACCUUUAUCUUGAUGUGCAGAUGGGACUUGCUGGUAGAUGGUUUGGAUUCUUUGUAGUCAGACAGGCUGAAAUGAUACACACCUACAAAAGCCAAGGAUUAUCCCAUCUCCUUAUGUCUUCAGACCCAAACCAGAUGGCUCACUGAUGGGUCUGCUUUAGCCAGCACAAACUAUUAGUCUGAGCACAGGAGCAAUUAGGUAAGGUCUGACAUCUGGA